ACAGCGCUGCCCCCUUUUGGCACUGGCCCACUUGUCAGUUUGUUUUCCCCUGCGUGUUUAUUUUUGUUAGCAUCUUUCCUUUGCUCCGUCUUUCGAUCUGUGUGUCGCGUGCUAGCUGCGCAUUUUUAGUUUUUUAUGUUUUGACUUGGUUUUUCCGAAAUCUUCUUGAGUCUCUCGACAAGUUUUUCCGAUCGCUCGAAAAAAUGCUACGACUACUUUCUUGUUUGUUUUGGUUGCUCCUCCUUAACUACGUAGGCGAGACGUUGGCGGAGAAGGGUUCCUGCCGUCGCUUAAAUCGCGCAGAGAUCGAAAGCAGACUGUCAACAAAAACGCCUUACAGGGCGAUUGCCAAUUACGACGAAACACCGCCGCUAUACGCCGGUUGCCACCCAACGCGAAUCUGGUCCAUAAUCCGCCAUGGAACUCGAAAUCCUAGCGAAUCCGUUAUUUUACAGGCACAAAAUCGCCUGUCUGAGAUUAGGAAACUUAUUCUGGAUCAGCCUGAACCGCCGAUCUGCUCCGAUGAGCUGAAAAAGCUGCGCAAAUGGAGCUGGAAACACCUUAAUGCCAGCGAAGAUGAGAAACUUCUGGUGGCGGAGGGCGAGGACGAGCUGAUCGAACUGGCGGAGCGGAUGCAGAGGCGAUUUCCGGACCUACUUCCGGAAUUGUACAAUCCGGAGUGGUAUUACUUCAAGUACACGGCCACGCAAAGGACACUGAAAAGUGCAGAAAGCUUUGCUACGGGAUUAUUCGGUCGCCACCGCAUCCACACUGUGCGAUAUCCACCACCGUUGCACGAGGAUCCUGUUUUGCGGUUUUAUAAGGGCUGUGGAAAGUGGAAAACUGACGUCGAUAAGAAUCCCGAGACCUUAGUCAAUGCACGGAGGUUCCUAGCGGAGCCGGAGAUGCAGUACGCUGUAGAGCAAGUGCGAGGCAGCACCCGGCUGCCGAAUCUCCAGCCGGAAGAUGUGCAGCUUAUGUACGCGGUGUGCGCUUUUGAGACGGCCUGGAACCGCCCACGUCGCGGUUCCGAGACCCGGUCCUCAUCCGAUUCGGUGUGGUGCAACUUCUUCGAUGUGGCCGCCUUGAAAGCGCUCGAGUUCUUCGAGGAUCUGGAGUACUACUGGAACGAUGGCUACGGCUACGAAUUGACUCAUCGCAUUGCCUGUCCGGCAAUCGCAGAUAUGUUUGCAUCCAUCAGUAACCCGGAAAUUCCGGAAAGCCCGCCACGGGCCAACGCCACGUUGUACUUCACGCACUCGGGAACGCUCCUUAAGUUGCUGGCCCACCUGGGAUUGGCACGGGACAAGAAUCCGCUAACGCACAAGAAUUUUUCCAGCGAGCGUCGCUGGCGCACAAGUCAGAUUGACGCUUUCGCGACCAACUUGGCUUUCCUCCGCUACGAUUGCGAAAAGGAGGAGCCGCAGGUCCUGGUAUUGCACCAGGAGCGAGUAGUGCGCCUGCCCAGCUGCCCGCAGGACAUGGACCUCUGUCCGCUGGGCACGCUGCGUCGUAUUUUUGCCAAGAGCGUGGAAAACUGUGACGUCAAAGAGCUGUGCCGGGUGACGGCCAACUGAGGAGAGAACCUGGAAUAAAAAUCAGAGUGGACUGCUGCUUUGGUGCCCUGCUCGCCUGCUCCUGCAUGACCAGGUGUUAAAGGAUUCGUCGGAAAGUUUAUGAUACAGCUGAAUGAAAUGAUUUAGAUAAGAAUGGAGUAGAUGCGAACAGGCUGGAGAAGUGAAGAUCCAGUUGGUGUUAAACUAGUAAGAGAUGAGAACCCGGAGAGAGUUAAAUGUUGACCAAGUGGCAAGUUGCAGUCUGUGUGUUUAGUAUGCCUUAUUAUUUUAUGUGGACCAUCUGAAACAAGAGAACCGCACUUCGAACAUGAGAGCAGGGGAAAGAGUGAGACGGAGGAGAGCAGAAAGAGCGAGAAAGGAAGUGGCAAGCUUGUGUCAUGCUUUAUAUAUGUAUACUUUAGCCUAUAGACUCUGUAUGUCUCCCCAACUGCUGUAAAGGGGUAAAAGGUUAACUUAAACCUAUUUUUUUUGUUAUUCAGUUAUUCAUUCUGAUCCCUAAACCUGUUCCUUAUCCUUAAUCCAACGCAAAGUGUACAUAUAUAAAUACUGAUGUACGUAUAAGAUUAAUUAACUAUAGCUACACAACACACUACGCAUAUACAUAAACACAAGCGUACAUAUAUCUAGUUAUAUACCUUUAUUGAAAUCAAUCCUUUGCCCAACACCCCCCUCCCCGCCACCCCCAACCAAACAAAAAAGGGGGAAGAAAAAGAAAACGUUCGUUGUGCUAACUUGUGUUAUAUACCUAUAAACAAAACCAGAUAAAUAUUUUAUAAGUCAAGGAUAUGGAACAAAUUUUUGGUUUUUAGAUCAAUUCUUCAGUGGAGAGACCCACAUAAUUUGUACAUAGCUCUUACAACUUUAAUUACUUUUGUCUUAUUAUGUUUGUCCUAUAGUAAGCCCAACAAUAACAGCUACAGUAAUAACAAACAAAACUAACAAGAAUUCUAGUUUAAAGCUUAUCCCGCUUGUACUUUUUUAAUUGUUUAAGCUAAAAAUAUAAAACGAAAAAUCAAUGCACACCUGUGAA